AUGUCCGCUUUGAGGGCAGCCUUUGGAGAAGCAGAUCAACUACAAGCCACCAGAGCGCUUGAGACCUUCUUCGAGUUCAAGCGACAGAGGAUGACGCUUCCUGAAUGGAGCGUCCAGUGGCAGUUGAACCUGGAUGAAGCGAUGACCCACAGCGGCUUGGAGUUGAACAACGUUGCCAAGACGUACCUGUACUUCAAGAGCUCUGGACUCAAUCAGAAGUCCCUGGAUGACCUGCUUUUGCAGGUACACGGAGACAUGCGGCGCUUUGAAGAAGUGCGCACAUUGAUGUUGCGCAUGGCCCACAGGAACAUCGACUCUGGUUCCAAUGCGGCCCACUAUGAGGAGAUCACCACGGACGAUGCCUCGAGCUGGAGUGCGGUGACCGACAUGUGGUCUUCUGAUGCCGAUGGGUCCAACUACUACAUGGACGAGCUCUACGCCUGGUACGAAGAUGAUGGCUGGUACAGCCAACCACAACCUUGGGACUACGACUAUGCCGAGACCUACUAUGAGGAGUGGCCUGACUACGACUAUGGAUGGAACGAUGAUGAAGCCCCUGCUGCAGAAGAUGGAGAAGUUCAACAAGAUGGCAAUGCAGAGGAGUCCAAGGACUACUACAAGGGCAAAGGCCGUACUCCCACCAUGGGACUGGGUUGCAGCACCUGUGGAUCAAAGUGGCACAACACUCAUGCGUGCCCCAUGAACGACACCUACAAGGGCAAGACGCCGAUGAAGGGCAAAGGCAAGUCCAAAGGAUAUGGAAAAGGCAAAGGAAAAUCCUAUGGUGGCAGACCCUAUGGAGGAAAGUCCUAUGGCAAGAAAGGCUUCGGCAAAAGCAAGUCCUAUGGCAAAGGUGGCUAUGGCAACCGACAAGGACGCAAAGGCUUUUGGCUUGAAGACAUGCCCAAGAACUUCAAUGACUACUACGGUGGUGCCUACCUGCUGAGCAACAUCAGCUCACCUGAGAAGGAGGAUGCCGACAAGCUGGACAAGGUCAUCAUUCGGGACACCUUCAACGAAGUGGAGCCGCUGCCAACAAGGCGUGUGCGGUUCAGUGAUGCACCAGAAGGUGAUCAAGCUGAUGACACCACAGCAAAGAAGCUGAACUUCCCAGUGACCGAAGAAGUUGGUGAAAUGGUUUUCCAUCAAGUUCGAGGACGACGAGUUCGAGGACUUUUGGUGGACCCUGGGGCCAGUUCAGGCCUGAUUGGAAGCGAGACACUUCGCGACCUGUUUGACUCUGGAAUGGUGCCCCCUGAGAAGGCCAACGAGAUCACUUGGGGAGCAGCACAAACAACAGUCACUGGCAUCUCAGGUCAGUCAGACCAAACAAGUGCCAGGAUCUCCAUUCCCUUUGGCAUUGGCGCUGAAGAUGCAGAGUACACAGCUGACAUCAUUGGUGGUGACGGCAGUAACUGCCCUGCACUUCUUCCAAAUGGAAGCCUUCGCCAACUUCGAACUACGAUGACGACACAAUGGUAUGACAAUGGAGAUGGAGUGAUGAUUUGCAGCCUGAAUGGACAUCGACCUGAUGACCCUGCUGCGAACCUUGUGGCAAUGAAGCUCCUGCUUGCCGAGUCUGGACACUAUAUCCUUCCCGUCAACAAGGAAGACCAGGACAUGUCGCUCAACGAGCAGAAGGAAAUCCUUGCUUGGUGGAAAGGAAGAAGUUCCAAGCACACGGUAGCACGUGAGCAGUCCGACUUGAAUGACAACUCUGGCAACUACGACAUCAAGUCCAUCGACGUUGCCGACACUGAGAAUGUCCCUGACUCCAAUGCGGAGAACCCCAAGCUGCAGUUUGCAGCUGACACUGAGCCCAAGAAUGACAAGUUCAACAACAAGAUGGAAAUGAUCAAAGUGGCUGAUGACGAGCCUGAGAUCCAGGUCCUGAAAUCAGACAACUUGGAAGAGGAGUACAACGAAGCUCCACAGCCCUACGGAGGCGAUCAAUUUCCGGCACACCUGAAACCCAGCAAACUCCGAUACCUGAGCAAGCUCUACAAAGCGAUCCCUGAAGAGUUCUACACAAAGACUCAGCGAACACCUGUGACACCGAGAAAUGCAAGGUCAUGGGCAAAGAAGAGAAGAGGUGCCCACUUUCACUUGUGGGAGAUGUGUAGCGGCUCUGGCCGUUUGUCCUUCCUCGCACUUUGCGCAGGACUGUCGGUGAUGUUCCCGCUGGACUACCGAUAUGGCUGGGAUCUUGGAAGCCCUGCUCACAGGCGACUCAUCGAUGAGAUUGAAGAGACCUUCCAGCCUGACGUUGACUUCAUGAGUCCAAGUUGCAGGCCAUGGAGUAUCUCAUCAGUUCGACGAGAUCUACAACAAACUCAACAAGAACGAGAGGAAGAAAUGCCUGUGAUCAACUACCUCAAGAAGAAGGCCAAACAACAAUGCCAGAAAAAGAAGGGCUACAUAUGGGAACAGCCAUGGUCCUCAGCGAUGUGGGAAAGACUUCAAGAAAACCCCGGCCAUGCAGAUCGCACAGAUCAAUGCCGUUUUGGCGCACAAGAUGAAGUUGGCAAUCCAAUUUUGAAACCAACUGGAUUGCAGAGCAACCUUGCUUUGAAGCACUGUGUCAAGCGAAACAUGGCUGGCUUCAAGGAGCAGUACAAGGUGUCAAUCGCACUACAGCUGCUGCAGUCUACCCUGAGUCGGAAAGCCAUUGUGAAGGACAUCAAGCGCUUCAUCAGCAACAAGUCCACAGUCUACAAUGACUACUACAAGUGUGAGCGCUGUGCCCUUGGAAGAGCCGCCACUGAUGAUCUUGUGCACUCUUUUGAGAAAAUCCCAGAGAGAGAGAGAAAGAAAGCCGAGAAGGAGCAGAAAGAGCAGGAAGACCUGUUCGAUCUCUUUCGCAAAGAGUCCAUGAAGAACGACAAGAUCCAAAAGGGCAAGCUGUCCAUUCACUCCGAUAUUGCCUUCAACAACGAGCAAGCUUCAAUCUUCAAGAUGAUCAUGGUGAAGCUCUUGGACGAGUCCAUCAAGGGCUAUGAGGAGGCUGACAAGGAGAAGAAGGAUCUUCCUGAAGCUCAAUGGCUACAAGAUCCUGUUGCUCUUGGAUGGUUGCGCAAGAUCUUUGUCGACUACAUGGAUGUGAAGGGAGCUCUUUCAUGCCUACAACCUUGGAGUCUUCCAACACCGUCUCCAUACCUCACUGCUGAGGAAGCUCCUUUGCGAUUGAUCAUCAAAGGCUCUGCAGAAAAACGGUCCAUUGGAAAGAUUGAGGACUUGCGAGAAAUGAGUGCCAGUCAGUGGCACGAACCAAUUGACCUUGAAGAAGAUUGGUUGGUAGCUGUCUUUGGAAGUGACCCUGAAUCCACCAAGACAGCCAGCUCAUCUUCAGCAUUGGUUCCCGCUCAACCAGCACAAGAUGAUGAUGAAACUCAAGAUGGAGAACUUGCACAACUACCUCCUCCUGAAUGCGACAGCGAAGAACCAGGACAAGUAGCAGUGCGACCUGGUUCACUCAAACCUCUGUAUGACUUUCGGAGGAUCUUCCACAAGCUGCCUCGCCUGGCGUCUUCUGACCCCAUACAGGCGAAACGACUCAUUGUUGGUCUACAUGAACGACUAUGGCAUGCUCCAGUUGGAGAUGUUCGAAACAUCCUCCAAAGAUGUGGACAACCAUGGGAAGUUGUACAACUGGCAGCUGAAGCUGUGGCAUCUUGCGCUGUUUGUCGCAAGUACUCUCGAGCAGGACGACGUCCCCAACAUCGAGGAGCUCAUCUUUCUCCAAGCUUCAACGACUUGGUCCAGAUGGAUGUUUUUCAAUUUCAAGACCAUCUUUUCAUGCUGGUGAUUGACGAAGCCACGAGAUACAAGGUGGCGACAUCCUGCCCUGGGAGAUAUCUCAAAGAUCCCCUGGGAACUUUGAUGAAAUGCUGGAUUCGCUAUUUUGGUCCAAUGAAGGUUUUCGUCACUGAUCAAGAAUCAGCACUGAUGACCAUCGAAGCUGGAGAGGAGUUCCAACGACUUGGAAUCGAGAGAAGACCUGCUGGUACAACGACCAAGAAGCAAGGUCAGAUGCACACCACGACCGGUUUGGUCGAGCGCCACAUCGACCUGGUGAAGAUGUCCAUGCUGAAGAUUCAGGCCGAAAGUGGACGCUAUGGCAUCGAGUUGGAGAUGGAAGAAUUGGCUGCAGAAGCAGCUAUGUCACAAAACUUGACCAUGAGCGUUGGAGGGUAUACCCCGUCCAUACUACUCUUUGGAGUUCUUCCACGUGGUUUCCUUGAACCUGAUGCAGAACAACCACCUGGAGACAUCACUGCAGAAAGCAGCUUUGAACGAUCACUACGACUGAGGCAGAUUGCACUACAAGCUGCACAAGGAGCCAUACUGGAAUCCCGUAUUGCACGGGCAAAUCGCUCAAGACCUCAUCGCCUUGCUUUGGAAGAUAUGGUCCCUGGCACUACUUCCAUUGAGAUCUACCGUGAAGAUGGCUCUGGACAAGGAUGGAGAGGACCAGCCGUCUUGCUGAAAGUUCAUGAAGAAGCUGGCAACGCCAUCGUGGAGUUCCAGGGCAAACCCUACUUGAUGAGCCUGAGGCACAUUCGACCACUACGAGAUUCCUUCCUCAUCUACCUCAAUGAGAACAGCUCUCUGACAUCAGCUGAUGUGGAGAAGGCAGUGAAGAGGAUGAAACAUGUGGUGGAAGAGUGUUCGCCUUUUCGGCCAUUCACCAUUGGCGAGAUCUUGACGGAAGACAAGGGCGACUGGAAGAUGGUCAAGUUCCCCAAGAACGACAGCCCAUCUGGCGACCAGAUGCUACGAGAUGCCAAAACUCUCAUGGAGUACCACUUCGAGCAUUUCACACUACAUGGCAUCCGCUUUGGAAGAGGAAUGAAAACUAUCUCAACACCAAGAUUUUCCAAAGGCAUCUUGAUCACUUGGCCAUUUGGCACACUUGAAUUUUCAUUGAUUGAAAACCCCAACGACUCUCACAUCCACAUCAAAGAAUACCUCAAACACAACAUUGAAGACCUUUGCCACAUCUACCUCUAUGGCUAUGUCAAGUACAACCAGGAGGACUCAACCAUGCCUGCAAGAAUCACCCGAAGAAAACCUCUUCAGACUCCUGGACAAGAUCAACUGCCUGAUGAUGGUGAGAUGGAAGUUUCGUAUGACCACAAAAGAAAAGACCCAGAGACGAGGACAGUUGUCAUCGCUCCCGAGAAGAAGAAGCAGAAGAUCCUGUGGACUUCAACGGAACUUCUACACCAACGAUCAAUCUGGUGGAUGAUGCAGCGAUCAAGAAAGAUCAACCUGGAGCCAACACCAAUUUGGUACGAGCUCGAUGACAGAUGGAUACAGAAGAAAGCUGCACCGGACAUCAAGGUGAACAAGACCAACUACUUGCUUCACUUGCAUUGCAAGACUGAAGCCUACCUCAACAUCGACCUCAAAGAUGGCCAGAUCUUCAGAGUUGACUCUGACACUGACACGCUGACAGAAGAUCAAUUGAUCAACAAUUGGCAGGAUUUUGAGAACUCCGACCACCAGGAGCUGGAACAGUUUGUGAAUGAGAAGGUCUUUAGAAAAGUUUCUCUGGCAGAUUUACCAGAUGAAGUUGUGGUGGUGGACGCAACUUGGGUACGGAAGUACAAGCGCAUGCCCUGCGGCAAGAUGAAGGCCAAGAGCAGACUUUGCGCUCGGGGUUUCUUAGACCCACAAAAGCAGGAGUUGCCAACACGUUCAACCACAGCCACAAGACUUUCUCAACGCCUCAUCCUCAGUGUGGCAUCCACACAUGACUUUGUCUUGGCCUCGCUGGACGUUUCUGGAGCUUUUCUGAAAGGGCUGACAUCUGAGAAGAUCCGCCAGAUACUGGCACAAAAGGGCUUGGCAUCACCGCCUCGCCGAGUGGUGAUAGUACCACCUCCAAAUGUCUGGAGACAUUUGUCUUCCUUUGACCCGUCUUUCAACGUCCCUGAAGAGCUCCAUGGCGCCUAUGGUUUGGAAUGCCUCAAACCUGCGUAUGGCCUGGUGGAUGCAACUUUGGCUUGGCAGAUGACUUUACACCAGUUUCUGGAGGAGAAUGGAGGUACUCAAUCACUGCUGGACGAUUGCCUGUGGCACUACAAGAAUCCUGACGGAUCCAUCAAAGGUGUCAUCACGACCCAUGUGGACGACCUUGCCAUCACAUGCCGCCAGACCUUCCUGGACGAGCAGUUCAAGCUGAUGACCAAAGCCUUCGGCAAGAUCUCUUUGCAGAUGACUCCAUUCACCCAUUGUGGAUGUCAAUACACCAAAAUUCCCAACGGGUACAAGAUGGAUCAACAAGCGUUUGUCAACGCCCUGAAGACCCAGGACAUCGAGAACACCAAGGACGGCAACAGACCUUUGACUGCUGCUGAAACAACAAAGUUCCGCAGCAUACUUGGUGGUUUGCUUUGGCUUACGGCCACACGUUUGGACCCGAUAGCCGACGUGGGCAUCCUUCAGUCCAAGGUCACCAAGGCCACUGUGAAUGACUUCCUACAAGCCAAUGCAGUGGUUCGCAAAGCCAAGCUCAAGCAGUACGAGAACCUGGGCCUGAUCUACAAGAAGUUCCCAAAGGACGUUCCUUGGAAACUUUUGUGCAUCCAUGAUGCCUCUGCCGCGUCCAAGGGGCGCACAUAUGCCCAAGAAGGAGUGCUGAUCCUGCUAGCACCCGACAACAUGAAGUUUGACCCGAAGGUUCACACCAUCAACGGCGAGAAUGUGGAGGAGCAGAUCUUUGGAGGAACAGCACACAUACUGUUCUCUCAUGGCUCAAAGGCCAAAAGGGUAUCAUACCCCACAAGCCACUCUGAGACUUUGGCUGCUAUCUCCGGUUUGGAGACUGCGACUCUGGUUAGCUUACGUUUAGCAGAACUCUUGAUGCCUGAGAAGAAGCCCACACUUCAACAGCUGGCAGCAUUGCAGAAAUCUGGCAUUCCCUACUUGCCUGUGGACUCCUACACAGACUGCCGAGACUUUUGGUCGCUGACAGUGGGCUCGACAGCCUUACCUCAAGACAAAAGCCAACGCAUCUACAUCCUUGCGAUCCGAGAAGCCAGAAUUCAAGGACGCAUUAGAUGGAUGAUACUCAUCCCAACACAGUCAAUGACGAGCGACCCAUUGACCAAGGUGAUGAUCUCACGACCUCUACUCUCUUUGAUGAGCACUGGACAGGUGAACUUUGCCAACGAGCCUGGCCAUGCAAUCGAAGCCCGACGGCUUCCCAAGAUCAAAGACUUCACAGAAGAUGAUUUGGAGCUGGGAGAUGACAAGUGGCUUGAGUCCUACAUGACUGCCAAGGACCUCCAGGCCAUCCAGCUCUACACCACAUCACAAAGUACCUGGACGACAUCAACUGGGUGGAACACCAAGGCCAAUUUUUGGCUGCUGAAUUUCCUGUGCUUCGCCAACGUGAUCAGCCGAGCACAGCCGAACAAGAUCUCUGACCAGGCGCAAUGCAGCGCCGACGACUUUGGAGGAGGACCAGUUUCACAAGACCGGCAAUACGUACAGGUCACCAUUUUGUCAGUCAGUUUGGUGGCGAUUUUCUGCCUAUGUGGAGCACUAUGGCAUUUUUGGAGGCGACUGUUGGCCAUGAAGACUCUUUUAGAAGAGCACACCAACAGAACUAUCAUGCCGAUCGUCGAGAGGGUGAUCGACUUGGAAUGUCAUCAUGGAGAAGUGACAGUGGAAUUAGAUGCUUUGAGAAGACAGUCUGCCGACAGCCGUGGCGACUUGGAAAUACUUUUCCGAGCAGUUCGACACGCUUCACCACAUCCUGAAGAACCUGCACGACAACGUCUACGUCUUCAAGAUCCACGACCUGGAGCCGAAGAACCAGAUGGAGAAAGAGACGCUGGAGUGACAUCACCUCAACCUGAACCUGAGUCACCGAGAGAACGACCCUUUAGAAGUGAUGCCUCGAGAUCACGAGAUGGAGACCGAGAAGGGCCAGAGAGCGAAGACUUUGAGGAGGAGUACGACCACGCAGAUGAUCCUUCUCUGGAUGAUUUCAUCCAUGACCAGACCGAGUAUGAACGACGAACUCAACAAGCACAUGCUCGAGCUCGACAAGAACAUCUGACACACCAUCUCACCAUCCAGGGCAACAACCUACAGGUGGCGAUUCACACCUAUGUGCAGCAGUACUUCAACGAUGGGAGAAUUCCUUCGGCAACCAUCGACAUGCUCUACAGCGAGCAUGCUCCCUACCAUCCGUUGGCGGGACAAGAAGGAGAUGAAGCAGUACUGACAAUCUGA